CAUCAAGUCAUCCAUCCCCGUUCGUACAGCCAUCCGUCCUUACACACACUGCGAAAACACCUAAUGCCUUAUCGCCAAAUCUGCCCAUCGAUCUGCUCGAUCGAUGCCUCAGCCACAAAGCCACAAGACAAGCAAAGGGGCCGCCCAGACAAACCUGCAUAUCCAGUCACGUAGACAUGCCUCACAAAGUUGCUGAGUCAUCCGUAAUCGAUGCCGUGUGCGAUCCGUCCGUCCGUCCGUCGACUUACACUGCGGUUGAGUGCAUGCCAGCACGAGUAGCAGCGUGUCCACCUGGUGCGUUCUUGUCCUCUUGCUCCUGCGCUUCCGCCUUCUUGUUAUAUUCCUGCUCUUUCCGCUCGAUCUCGGCCUCUUCCUGCUCCUCGCGCUUUAUGCGCUCUUCACGCUGGGACGGCGUCUCCGCCUGAUAGUGUGUGUGGACACGGACACCGGACAUAGAUGCAGUCAUGGUUGAUUGACAUAUGGAUGUCUCCCUGACAGACUGACUGGGUGUGGUAUCUUCUGCAGGAUGGAUGCAUAUGGCUGGCGCUGCUCUGUCCUGCUCUUCUGCAAGGACUCGGUCUCCAGGUCCAGGUCGGCUUUGACCUGCACAUGUGUGUGUGUGUGUGUGCCGUGUCCAUCUGGCUGGCUCCAUGGAUGCAAUAUCCAUCUUUGUGUACCUUUUCUUCCUCUGCCAGCACUGUCCGCCGCAUAUUCUCUUCAACCAGCAUGUCAUUCUGCAUCUCACCGCGACGCCUGUGUACACAGACAAAGUACACCGACACAGCAACACACAUCACCUAAGCGACCAACCAACCAGAUACCAGAUGUGUCUCCUCUCUCUCUCACCUGUUGAUCUCUCUGUCGAUGUCUCCCAGACCCUUGAAGAGCUGCAGGGUCUGGUCGAGCUCUUGCAGGUAGUCCAUGGCAGGCUGAUGUGCCCCACACAGAAAGAUGGACACAAGAGGCAGGCAGGCGUUUGGGCGGCUGGCUGGCUGACCAUGCUGCUGUCAUACAGGCCGAUGAACGCCGACCGAAAUGACUCAGGACUCCUCGGGUCGAAGAGCGUCCCAACAGGUCGUGGCAAAGCCAGCUCGCCGCUGCUCGUCAAAUGAGGUAACACCUCUCCGGGCACGGGCGCCUUGUAGAGCUUCCGCUUUUCAUUCUUCCUCGGGGCAUCGAUAGCCGCUUGCCGCCAGAACUUCGACAUGAUGCGGACCUGGCCUGCCUUGUCAUCAGAGGCCGAUUCGGGGGGCAGCUGGGGAAGAUACGGCAUUGCCAGCUGGUCCCCCUUCGGCAGCGAGCCAUUGGCCGCCACUGGCAUUGACGAAGGUGGCGGUGAUGCCGACUGCGUCUGAGGACUGGCAUUCGUCUGCGCUUGUGGGGCGGGCUGAUCGCUGGCUGGGGCCGCGGGUUGCCCACCGGAUGGAGUGGCCGCCGUCUCUUGUGGCUGCUGUGGUGUUUCGGGCUGAGAAGGGGCUGUGCUGUUGGUCGGGGAUGGCGGGGGGGCGCCUCCUUUGUCUUCUCCUGUAGGUGGAGACGGGGUAUCUGCUGAGGGCGACGGAGCAGCAGAUGCAUCCUGUGUCUCGUUGGAAGGUUUGUCUGGGUCCGCACGUGUGCUUAUAUGGCGGCUGUUGCCUUGCUGCGUGAACCAGCUAUGGCCGAACACUCGGCUGUUGCUGUUGCCGUACCACCCCGUUGUCCCUUUGCUGACGUUCCCCGCCGAUUGUCGGCCGCGAGCCGACAUGCCGUUUCCUUGCUGCUGCUGCAGCACAGAAGGCUGUGGGUGUGCGCUGAGGGGAGAUGAAUAGGGCACUGUAUAAUAUGGGAGAGGCGGAUAAAUGGCAGGGGCCAUCCAGGGCCCUCGGGCAGAGAAGGGUGCGGGCUGGUAGUAAGGAUAGGGCGUCCACUGUCGGUGCGGCAGGGCUGCCGAUGGUGAUGUCUCUCUUGUGCUGGGCAGCGUUACUCCUCGGUUGGGCGCGCUUCUCCUCCCCUGGAUGAAAGCCCGGUGGUGUUGCUGGUCGAUCUGCAGGAAGCCUGGUUUUCCUCUCCUUAUAGAGGCACCUAGGUUGACACGAGAUUCAUCGGGGUUAAGCGCUGAGAAGAAAUCCAUUAUCUCCCCGGGCAGGCUGCCUCUGCCGCCGUGGAAAUGGCUGACAGACAUCCGUCUCCUGUGCGAGCCACGUCUCCUGAGUGCGCCCGUGGAUGAGAUUCUGUUGAGGUUUCGCCUACUCGAUGGCCCUCGGUGGGGCUCAUGCGGUGGGAGGCGCCCCGUGUCGACCGCCAGCGCGAAUAGCACAGGCAGGAAGAUGAAAGACAGGGCAGCAGGGAUAAGUUUAAGUGUAGACGGUGGCGGUCGGGCGGAGGCCAGGACCUGGUGCUUCAUUCCAUCAGAAUGCCCCUAGGGGUCUGGCGGCCGCUCGGAGGUGCAAGGGGGACAAUCUGAGACGUCGUCUCCGUGGUUCGUGUCAUGGGCAGCACGCUGGCAGGAGCAGCGUUAGAGAGGAUGCCACCACCGUGCAAAGCGUGAUUGCAAAGCCCAGUGCAAAGCGCGUGCGGUGACGAGGGUCACCGACACGGCGGACUGUAGAGUCUCCCACGGGGCGGGUGACCCAGGCUCAGCCGAGGGCGGAGACCGACAAGCAAUGGCGAGAAAACUGACCCAGGGGGGUUGGAAACUGCGUUCUGAAACUGCAGG